GCCGGCGAGGGUUGCAGGUUUGUCUCCAGCUUUUUGCAAGCAUCCACCUGCAGGAUGAAGAGGAGCCUGGUUUCCUGGAUGCUCAUUGCCCUGCUGAGUGGGCACCUGGCAUGGGUGCUGGCAUGUGGGGAACAGGAGUACCAGACCGCAGAGGGCAACUGCGCUCCCUGCAAGGCCUGCCCCCCGGGAGAGGAGCCAGACAGGAUGUGCGGCUCUGGGCAAGGCCUGGGGGUGACCUGUCAAGCCUGUUCUCCGAGCACCUUCUCAGCCAGCCAUGGAGUGGCACCUUGCUUGCCUCAUACCCUCUGCGAAGCCAGGAAGAGGGUCUCUGCCAGUCCUGGGACAGCUACAGCUGACAGUCGAUGUGGAGACUGCGUGCCAGGGUUUUACAGCCCUGAAGGGGAGAUGGACCCCACCGCUGAAUGCCUGCCGUGCGCCUCUGCUCCCGAAGGCAUACCGGGGUGCCCAGGCUCCAAGGUGGGGCUGACCCGGCUGGUGAGGCACGUUGACCCGCUGCAGAGACCAGACAAGAAGGCGUCCAACGGCACGCAGGGCGGGAAGCCGGAGGAGAGCGCCACGCAGUAUGCCGUGCUGGCCAUCGUGCCGGUCUUCUGCGUCAUGGGGCUGCUGGGCAUCCUGGUCUGCAACCUGCUGAAGAAGAAGGGCUACCACUGCACGGCGCACAAGGAGACGGACGAGGAGGCGACGAAGCCUGAGAGGAGCGCUAGCAGCUCUACCUACAGGCUAGACGAUGCCAAUGAAGACACCAUCGGGGUCCUGGUGCGGCUGAUCACGGAGAAGAAAGAGAACGCCGCUGCCCUGGAGGAGCUGCUGAAGGACUAUCACAGCAAGCAGGUGGUGCAGACGACCCACAAGUCCACUAACAAGCUGCACCUCCUGCCACAGCUACCCCCCAUCUGCCGGCACCAGCACCACCUGCACACGGUGCAGGGCCUGGCCCUGCGCUCGGGCCCUAGCUGCACCCGCUGCAGCCAGAAGAAGUGGCCGGAGGUGCUGCUUUCGCCUGAAGCUGCAGCCACUGCUGCUGCCAUCGCUCCCAUCCCCACGAUGACCAGUACCGUCCCUGCCAAGCCCUCCAAGCCAGGUGGCAAGGCUAGCAGGUCUGGGGAGAUCACCAUCCUCUCCGUAGGCAGGUUCCGGGUGGCUCGCAUCCCGGAGCAGAAGCCCAGCCUCCCGGAGGUGAGGACCGUCUCCGAGAGCGGCGGAAACGAGCUGCGCCCCGGAUGCAGCCCCGUCUCCGGUGCAUCGGAUGCGCCCCGCUGCAGCCUCCCUGCCGAACAGAAGCCGCUGGUGAGCAAUGGAGCAGCCCGGUCCACGUGGCUGAAAACGGCUGACAGCCAGCAAGAGAACAACCCGUACGUCAUUAGACUGCGCGAGAGUAACCUUGUUAUCUGAAGGUAAUCAUCUGAGUCCCCCGUGCGCCAGGAGACCUGAACGGCAGCUCACCCGGAGGCUUCUGGUUGGACCGUCCACCCAAGAAACGCACACGCUGGACGAUGCUGAAGGCACCCCUUUCCCCCUCGGGAGAUCUCCGCACGCACCCCCGGAGGAUUGGGGGCCACGUGGCACCAGCACAUGCCAGCGGGAACAGACUAGGGAGGUGCCUGGCAUGGCCAAAAGCAUUUUUCUUUUAAAGAAGGACUCGUCAGGGAGGGCGGGAGGCAGCUUGGCGCCGGGCUGGGGGACCUGCUCCAAGGUCUUCGGUGCACAGGGCAAGGACUUGGGUGUAUGCUCCAGCUGUGUGCUUACAAGGGGGGGUUGAGGAGGGUUGGGAGAGAGAGGGGAGGCUUCUUCCUGAUCCCGGAGCAUGUUCCUAAUUCCCACGGGACCCAGCACAAGGGAGCACGUCACACUCCAACAUAGGGGGCAGGGACAGCUUCGGGGGCCGGGGCAUUGACUUGAUCUGUCUGCAGUAUUUCUUCCCUAGCUCCCUUUUAUGAACAAAAGCAAACCCUGGGCACAUUUCCCGUGCUGGAGAAGACCCAGCCUGGGGAACCGCCAGCCCUCCGGCCACAGCAGCGUCUGAGCGGUGAUAGCAUUAGUCCAGGCACAGCUCUUCUGCAGCAUUGCCAGCUCUCAUGAUAUCAUGGUGAGCCUGGGAAGAAGGAGGGCAUGGUUUUUUUCCUCUUCAAGGCCCAGCUCCUGGAGUCAUGGGAUGAGAGGAGAAUCUCUGCCUUCAUUUAAAAAUACAUUUCCCAAAGUUUCUAGCCUUCGUGGCUGGAACGGUUGCCCUGGGGAAGCUGGAAGGCUUGGAGCCAGGAAGGAAAUGUAACAAAGCAGUGUCUGUAUUUAAUGUCCUGGUCUUGUGGUGGGUGAGAAAGCGGCAGACCCAUGAUUUUUUGAGCAAGGGGAGGGGUUGGCCACACAGCUUGAGUGAGUCUAAUGUGGCUCUCGGGCGGGCAGGUGCUGGUGGGACUUGAUAGUAGCACAGGGAAGCCGGGGGGUCCUGGCCCCUGGGCGAACAUCACUUCUGCAGUGCGUUCUGGCCCCCGGGGGAGCAGCAAAUAUUGCUCCAUGUGCUGAAUAGGACCUUGCCUGGCCAGUGAGCCAGAAUGCACUCGGCCGGGCUUUUAAUUGUGCCUGUGGGCACGAUGGGUUUUCGAGCAAGGAGCUGUAAGUGCUGGGUCCCGGGAUGGGGGGGAUUCUCCCGGCAGGCUUGGAGAGGGGCUUUGAGCUCUCCCCUGCUGCACUGGCACGGGGGCCCAGUCCCCCGGCUGUAGGGCAGGGCUCUCCCGGCCCCCACUUCAGUGUCCAGGGGCUGCUCCGGCUUCUGCCAGGACAGCUUUUGCAGAGCUGAUGUGGGAUCCAGCUCAGGCCCCAGCGCUGGCUGCUACUGAGGAGGAUGCCUAGCACCCCAGCCAGGCUCCCGUCCCCGUGCUCACGAGCGCAUGUCCCGGGGAGGGCCUUGGUGUACGGCCGCAGUAUUGCUUUUAACCGCCGCAGCUUGUUCAGUCCAGGGCGGCUUGUGGGGGCACGGCCCUGCAAUCAAGGGGGCAGUUGCUGCUAGUACAAAUGGCUGCCCCUGACCCCGAGACUUGGAGCCUAGUGCAGGGGUCUGCAGCGGGCGCUGCUGCCCCGGGGAAGACUGAUGCAUGGGGGCCUUUCUCCAGAGGGCCCAGCCUCGGAAAGCGGCGUCGAGCCGCCUCUUACAGUCCUGGCCCCGGGAACGCUGCACGGCUGAGCGUGCCACGGUGUUUCAUUCGCGAGCCCAGCUCUGUAGUGCCCGACCCUCGUCGGUGGGUCAGAAGUGUUAGGUUUGAGGGCUUCAGCACCCCCCACCUCCCCAACUUUGUACCAGUGAAUCGGGUAACGCGGGACCACGGAUCACCUCCUCCUGGCUGGGGGAGGCUCAGAUGUCACCGUGCAGAUGCCACAUGCCAGGCAUAGCAGGGACCUGGAGCGGGUGUCUCUGUCCCAGCCCAAGCUCAUGUCCUCCCAUCUUCUCUCCCCAGCCCCACGGGAGGGUUUACCCCAUUGUUUACAGUAGGGCUUAGCGCUAGCACGCAGCGUCGGGCCCUCUAGUCCUGUCUGUUUUUACAUCCUUAUUUAUGCGGGCGGCGUGGGGAUCUGCUUUUUAACCCGGCUGGCGUCGGCCAAGCUGCAGCCAACAGGGUCCCCACCUUUGCCUUCUUUAUUUACUGAUAUGUGUAUUUGGGGUUGUUUUGGGGUUUUUUUAGCCAUCUGGUUUUUUAAGCCUCCUAGUUUUAUGUCUGGACGUCAGGACGUUAAAUAAAACACAUGAGUUUCAAGCGGA